CCCACAUACACACACACGAUUUUUCUAUUUUAAAUCCGCGCAUGAUGCUCAGUGUACAUCCCAUGUCGUUUACUCAUGCAUCCGAUUUUCAUAUUCAAUUAGACGAUACUCAUAUUAUACUCCAUGGUUCAGCGGAAGAGUCUGCAGGCUCUAUCUUGAGAGGCAGUGUCAUAUUAAAUUGCCAGGAGCAAAUCAAGGUAAAAUCCGUCACUCUGAAACUCAUUGGCAUCACCAAAGUCAAUUGGUCCGAAGGCAACGGACCCAAUCAAAGGAAUUACAGGGCCAAGCAAGUAUUGAUUGAAAAGGAAUUGACAUUUUUAGAAUCCGGUAAAAAGCCUCAUGUGUGCCAAGGACGGUAUAAAUGGGACUUUGAAUUGCCGUUGCCGGGAAAUAUACCGGAAUCGAUCCAUCAUGACAUGGGCCAAGUCUACUAUCGACUCAAGGCGUACUGCGAUCGACCGAAAUUCUCAAUGAAUUUUGUGGAUAAACAAAUGAUCCAAGUGAGUCGACAGAUGCUGGCCUCCAAUCUAGAAUUCAACCAGUCAGUGAAUAUUUCUAAUAUUUGGGCCAAUAAGGUCCAAUAUGACAUUACAAUACCUAGUAAAAUAUAUGCUGCAGGUCAAAAAAUCCCUAUUGCUUUUGAUCUGUUUCCUAUUGCUCCACAACUCACUAUUCGUUCCGUCGCUUGCUCCUUAAAAGAAUACACGACUGGCUCUACUCAAGAUCGUCAAAAGACCAAGAACUGUGUACUAAAUCAACUUCGGGACGAUCAUUUUUAUCCUGAUCCAAUCACAGGUCACAUUCUCAAAACCGAAUUAUUACUGGUACCUCAGCGUAUCCAUUUUGACAUGUGCGCAGAGUUAAUACAAGUCAAACAUAAAAUUAAAUUCACCGUCUCACUUCAGAAUUCAGACGGUCAUAUUUCCGAGUUAAGAGCUUCCAUUCCGGUGAUAAUCGCACCGACAGUUCCCCAGCACAUCCAAGAAGAUUUACCUCCUUAUCAAGAUGCUUGGCGAUCAUCACAUAUACCCUUAUCCGAAUCGUACUCUUCCCUCUCUUCGUCCAAUCAUAGCAGUGAUACAGAAGAAGAACACUGGAUGACUCUCUCGCGGGUUCCUUCCUAUACAACCGCUUUACGAAAUAACAUUCCUUGCUCUUCUUCCUCUUUACCUAGCUAUUAUGAAUCUACUAAUAUUACUACUGUCAUUAAUAAUAAUAAUAAUAACAAUAAUUAAAAUCAAGGGGGUUUAUUUGAAGAGUCUUUACUAUCGAAGGGCCGUUUUCAGAAGAAUAUAACCAUGUGUGCUUUUUUAAUGUGGCUCCUACUCUAACACUAAUUUAUAUGUAGAAAAGAACUAUGGCUGUCCUUUCGGGAGGGAAUACAAAG